AUGUUUAAAAUUAUCAAAUGUCCAGAUGACUUGAAGUCCAUGCAACUAAAUGUGACCAAUAUGCAAAAUUGGCUAAAUGUCUGGCGUAUGAUUCCAAAUGUAGAUAAAUGUUGCGUAUUGAAGUUCGGAAAUAAAUAUAAUAAUAUUUAUGAAAUGUGGGAUUCUGAUAAAAGACUUAGAAAUUUUGAAGCAGUGCGUCUUGAGAUAAUCACAUGUGCAAAAAACUUCCUUGAGAGAAGGUUGGAUGUCGAUCAGGAUUUACAAGUAAAGGCAAUUAUAGAUGUUGCCAAUGCUGAAAAUGCUGAAUCAAUGAUCAAAACCGGUCGGCAAAUUGUAUCAGAUAUUUUUGGUGAUAAUUAUGUUUCAGAAUUUGUAGAUGAUGCUAUUGGUUACUAUUCAUCAUUUGGUGCUUCAUCUUUUAAGCCGCAUGAAAGCAAUACUGCCAAGUUGUACUUAUUGCUACAAAAAACAACACCGUCGUCUGUUUUAAACAAGCUGGUUCAAACAUUUCUUAUAACUUGUCCUCACAGCAUGAUCACGGAACGGGUAAUUUCAUGCCAUACAGAAUUAAAAAGCGACCUUCGAUCAUCUAUGUCGAGAAAUACUGUGAAUGACCGAUUAUGCAUUGCUUUAAAUGCUAUAGGUACCGCAAAUUUUGAUCCUCGGCCAGUGGUGGCUGAUUUUCUUUCUUCAAAAACGAGACGAUCGACUCUACCAGAUGAUGAACUUUACCGAAACAGGGAAUUUGUAAAAAAUGAAAAUUUCUUAGACGAGACUCUGCUUCAGAUUGCUAGCAAUGACCAGAUUAUGCAACCUCUCACCACGGCAAUGAUGAGAGGAACAACAAAAAAAUUUCAGACAGUACUAGAAAGCGAUGAGCACCGCGUAGCCACAAUUCUCCAUCCGAGAUUCAAUUUGUCAUUCUUACAUGACGACCAAAGACGUAUGCAAGCAAGGCAUUUGUUGCUGACAUUUGUGCAACAAGUUCAGCAAGAGGUAUUCCUUAAAAGUAACGCCACACUACCAAGUUCAGCUGCUAUUGAAGAUUAUUCAGCGUUGCUUCACAAAUGUUCAGUGCGCGCCGCUGUCGGAUGUUAG